UUGACUGGAAGGAGUGGACACUGAUCGUAGUUUGUGCACAUCUUUUAGGCCAAGUAGCCUUUAAAAAAAUUCCCAAAUCCCCCUUACUGGAACGUGAUCUAGAACUUGUACCGUGUUUUCUGUGCAGCGCUGCAGCCUCCAGCAAGACUGAAGCAUGUAUCCGUUCGGAGGGAUUUCGGCACGCAUAUACACAGACCGGCUGAAGGCAGAAGGCAUGGGGUCCAACGAGGAGGCGGUGAAAUUCCUCAACCAGGACUACGAGGCCCUGAAGCAGGAGUGCCUGGAGAGCGGAUGCCUCUUCGAAGACCCCUGCUUCCCGGCCGAGCCCCCGUCGCUCGGCUUCAAGGAGCUGGCCCCCUACUCCUCUAAAACCCGGGGGGUGGAGUGGAUGCGCCCCACGGAGCUGACCGAUGACCCCCAAUUCAUCCUGGGCGGGGCUACAAGGACGGACAUCUGCCAAGGGGCACUAGGUGACUGCUGGCUGCUGGCGGCCAUUGCCUCCCUCACCCUCAACGAGAAGCUGCUCCACAGAGUGGUUCCUCACGGCCAGAGCUUCCAGGAUGACUACGCCGGCAUUUUCCACUUCCAGUUCUGGCAGUUCGGUGAGUGGGCGGACGUGGUCAUCGAUGACCGGCUGCCGGUGAAGGAUGGGGAGCUGAUGUUCGUCCACUCCGCCGAGGGCAAUGAGUUCUGGAGCGCCUUGAUCGAGAAGGCUUACGCCAAGCUGAACGGGUCCUAUGAGGCCCUGUCGGGUGGCAGCACCACAGAGGGCUUUGAGGACUUCACAGGGGGCGUGUCGGAGAUGUACGAGCUGCGCAAACCCCCCAGGGACCUGUACAGGAUCAUCGGCAAGGCCCUGGAGCGAGGAUCCCUGCUCGGCUGCUCCAUCGACAUCACCAGCGCCUUUGACAUGGAAGCUGUUACAUUCAAGAAGCUGGUGAAAGGCCACGCCUACUCUGUGACAGGGCUGAAGGAGGUUGAAUUCCAGGGCCAGAUGGAGAGGCUGAUCCGUGUUCGGAACCCUUGGGGGCAGGUGGAGUGGACAGGGGCCUGGAGCGAUAACUCCCCUGAGUGGGAUGAAAUUGAUCCAGCUGACAGAGAAGACUUGCAUCUGAAGAUGGAGGAUGGAGAGUUUUGGAUGUCCUUCCAGGAGUUUCUGCGGCAGUUCUCCCGUCUGGAGAUCUGCAACCUGACGCCGGACGCCCUGAGCAACGAGGACCUGAGCUUCUGGAACACCAUCAAGUUCCACGGCAUGUGGAGGCGGGGCAGCACGGCCGGGGGCUGCAGGAACCACCCGAACACCUUCUGGAUCAACCCCCAGUAUAAGAUCACACUGCUGGAGGAAGACGAUGACCCUGAGGAUGACGAGGUGGCUUGCAGCUUCCUCGUGGCUCUCAUGCAGAAGGACCGUCGGAGGCACCGCCGUCACGGCCAGGACAUGCACACCAUUGGCUUCGCUGUCUACGAGAUUCCAGAUGAGUUUAAGGGCUGCCAGAACGUGCACCUGAAGAAGGACUUCUUCCUGACGCACUCCUCUUGUGCGCGCUCCGAAACCUUCAUCAACCUGCGGGAGGUGAGCGCGCGCCUCCGCUUGCCCCCCGGGGAGUACCUCAUCGUCCCCUCCACCUUCGAGCCCAACAGGGAGGCCGACUUUGUUCUGCGUGUCUUCACCGAGAAGCAGUCCGAGACCGAGGAACUGGAUGAUGAAAUCUCAGCAGACCUCGAAGAUGAGGAAGAAAUUACAGAAGAUGACAUUGAUGACUCAUUCAAGUCCAUGUUUGCUCAGUUGGCUGGGGGGGACAUGGAGAUUUCUGUCCAUGAGCUCAGGACCAUUCUGAACAGAGUGGUGUCCAAACACAGGGAUUUAAAAACAGAUGGAUUCAGCAUGGAGGCCUGCCGGACCAUGGUCAACCUCAUGGAUAAAGAUGGCAGUGCCCGUCUGGGCCUGGUGGAAUUUCAGAUUCUUUGGAACAAGAUUAGGAAGUGGCUGGGAGUCUUCAGGCAGUUUGACCUGGACAAGUCUGGUACUAUGAGCUCCUAUGAGAUGCGCUUGGCUGUGGAGGAAGCAGGCUUCAAGCUCAACAACAAAUUGAACCAAGUGCUGGUGGCCAGAUACGCCGAUAAUGAGGUCAUCGACUUUGACAACUUCAUCUGCUGCCUUGUCAAACUGGAAGCUAUGUUCAGAUAUUUCAAGCAGCUCGACAGGGAGGAGACAGGGGUGGCAGAAAUGAACAUCACUGAGUGGCUGUAUAUGACUAUGUGCGGCUGAGGAAGACGUGCGUCCCAGGUGAAGAACACAAAGGCCAGGACGUCCUACAAGUGCCUGCCCCACCGACGCCCAUCACCCUUUGUCCGUUUAGGUCCCCCCCCACCCCCUCUGACCUCCGACUAACCCAAAGACACCUACCUGCCUGAUCCAGUGAGAUGUUUGAGCACGCCAAGGCC